UCAGCGGAUGACACUGUUACUCAACCACCAUACUCUAUGCGUAUUAGACCCCGUUACGAUUGGUCUCCUUCAGCGGCACCUACGAAACUGAUGGGAUUAGAUACUCCAUUACAUACCUCUCCUUUACUUGCAGACACUGAACGAAAGGCAGUUAUAGAAUCUUACCCAUCUAUUUCUCAGAUUGAAUACAAAGCUCCAGUUACGAUUCCUACUGCAGAACGCCACAUGAAUAAGGGACAGCGUCAUGAGAACAACUCUCUCAAGCACUUGCAGUACCUUUUGUCAAUCGUUUUUCGUCCUCUUGAUAUUUUGAGUUAUGAACUCGUUUCUUGUGAGUCUCAAUAG